ACGAUCCGCCAUGAAGCUAUAUCUUUUGUUGGCGGCUUUCGCCAUUAGUUGGAUUUUAAUAGAUGGCGCUGCAAGAAGAACAAGGAACCAAAACUGUUUGAGGCAUAACAAGUACCCACACGAAAGAUCUUGUAGAGGACAACGUAGAGUCUUUUAUACCUUUCACCGCGUUAUUUUCGAUUGCGCUCAGGUGUUCACGAAGUGCAGAAAAAUGUACUCGAGAAACGAGUAUCCAACUUUAAAUGCGUGCAGAGAUGACUGUGCCUAUCACAUGAAGGAACCAGUUGAAGAUACGACUCCUGCAGAUGGAGGUGAUAGUACAGUGGCUGCAGAAGGGGGUGGGGAAGGAGCUGAAUGAUAGAGGAAGAUAAAUAUCCACCACAUGGGGAUCUCAUCCAAAUUGUGGGCUCUAGAACUGGAGAUCAGCGUACUGCAAGCAUCGGAAACUGCAAAAUCGACAAUCCUAAAAUAAACAACUAUAAAAUUGCUUCCCUUAA